AACGACAACCCCCUGGAGACACGCAACCUGGCCUUCUUCUCCACCAACGCCGUCGAAGGAACUGCCCGGGGCGUGGUGAUCAACAUAGGAGAUCACACUGUGAUGGGUCGCAUCGCUGGUCUGGCCACGGCCCUGGAGACAGGCGACACCCCCAUCGCUAAGGAGAUCGCCCACUUCAUCCACAUCAUCACAGGCGUCGCUGUCUUCCUCGGAGUGACCUUCUUCAUCAUUGCCUUCAUCGUCGGCUACCACUGGCUCGACGCUGUCGUCUUCCUGAUCGGUAUUAUCGUCGCCAACGUGCCCGAAGGUCUGCUUGCCACUGUGACCGUAUGUCUCACCCUCACUGCCAAGCGCAUGGCUGCCAAGAACUGCCUUGUCAAGAACUUGGAAGCUGUCGAAACUCUCGGUUCUACCUCGACUAUUUGCUCCGAUAAAACCGGCACCCUGACUCAGAAUCGUAUGACUGUCGCUCACUUGUGGUUCGAUAACCAGAUUAUUGAAGCCGACACCUCUGAAGAUCAGUCCGGUGGUCAAAUAGACAAGUCUUCGAACGGAUGGAAAGCUCUGUCGACCAUCGCUGCUCUGUGCAACAGAGCUGAGUUCAAGUCUGGCCAAGACGGUGUGUCCAUUCUUAAACGUGAGGUAAACGGUGAUGCUUCUGAAGCCGCCCUCCUCAAGUGCUGCGAACUUGCCUGUGGCGAUGUCUUGGAAUGGAGGAAACGUAACAAGAAGGUCUGCGAAAUUCCUUUCAAUUCUACCAACAAAUACCAAGUGUCUAUCCACGAAACCGAAGAUAAGAGUGACCCUAGGUAUCUGCUCGUGAUGAAGGGCGCUCCUGAGAGGAUCCUUGAACGCAGUUCAACAAUCUUCAUCAACAACGAAGACAAGCCCCUGGACGAAGAUAUGAAGGAAGCUUUCAACAACGCCUACCUUGAACUCGGAGGUCUCGGCGAGCGUGUACUCGGUUUCUGCGACUACAAACUUCCCGCUGACAAGUACCCUGUUGGUUUCCCCUUCGACGCUGAAAACUGCAACUUCCCCGUACACGGCCUCCGCUUCGUAGGCCUCAUCUCGCUCAUUGACCCGCCUCGUGCUGCCGUGCCUGAUGCCGUAGCUAAGUGCAGGUCGGCCGGUAUCAAAGUAAUCAUGGUAACGGGUGACCAUCCCAUCACGGCGAAGGCCAUCGCCAAGUCCGUGGGUAUCAUCAGUGAAGGGAACGAGACGGUCGAGGACAUCGCUCAGCGCCUCAACAUUCCCAUCAAGGAGGUCGACUCUAGACAAGCCAAGGCUGCUGUCGUGCACGGUAUCGAACUCAGGGACAUGACGUCCGACCAACUCGACGAUAUCCUCAGGCAUCACACGGAGAUCGUAUUCGCGCGCACGUCGCCCCAACAGAAGCUCAUCAUCGUCGAGGGUUGCCAGAGACUUGGUGCCAUCGUUGCCGUGACUGGCGACGGUGUCAACGACUCGCCCGCCCUCAAGAAGGCCGACAUCGGUGUGGCCAUGGGUAUCGCAGGCUCGGACGUGUCCAAACAAGCCGCCGACAUGAUCCUGCUCGACGACAACUUCGCCUCGAUCGUCACGGGCGUCGAGGAAGGCCGCCUUAUCUUCGAUAACCUCAAGAAGUCCAUCGCCUACACACUUACAUCUAACAUUCCCGAGAUCUCACCAUUCUUGUUCUUCAUGUGCGGUUCAGUGCCUCUGCCUCUUGGCACAGUCACCAUUCUUUGCAUUGACUUGGGCACGGACAUGGUGCCUGCUAUAUCCUUGGCCUAUGAGGCUGCCGAGGCCGACAUAAUGAAGCGUGAACCCCGUGACCCUUGGCAUGACAAGCUUGUCAACUACAGAUUGAUCUCGAUGGCUUAUGGCCAGAUCGGCAUGAUCCAAGCCCUCGCUGGCUUCUUUACUUACUUCGUUAUCAUGGCCGAGAAUGGCUUCUUGCCUCCCUUCCUCUUCGGUCUCCGUGAGACCUGGGACUCCAAGGCUAUCAACGAUCUCACCGACUCCUAUGGCCAAGAAUGGACCUACUUUGACCGCAAGAAGCUAGAGUACACUUGCCACACCGCGUUCUUCGUGUCGAUCGUGAUUGUGCAGUGGGCCGAUCUUAUCAUCUGUAAGACUCGACGUAACUCCAUCGUGCAUCAGGGCAUGAAGAACUGGGUGCUGAACUUCGGUCUGGUGUUCGAGACAACGCUGGCCGCCUUCCUCUCCUACACUCCUGGCAUGGACAAAGGUCUUCGCAUGUAUCCCCUCAAAAUUUACUGGUGGCUGCCUGCCGUGCCGUUCUCCCUGCUGAUCUUCGUCUACGACGAAAUCAGGCGCUUCAUCCUCCGUAGGAACCCUGGAGGCUGGGUCGAAAAUGAAACUUAUUAUUAAAAAGUUCAAGCCUAUGAUGAUCAGUGUGCUGUUACUACAAAAAGAACAACACCGCCACUACUACCUACUUCUACUGCUACAAUUCUU